AAAAGCGAAUUUAUGAAUGUCCUUAUGUCGGAUGUACUUUGCGCACGAGCAGUCUCAACGAAUAUAAAGAACACAAGAAUGCGCACGACGAACCAUUUAUUUACGAAUGUAAAGAACCCAAUUGUGGGAAAAAGUACAGUCAUAGCAUAUUAUUUGAGUGUCACAAGAAUAGAAAACAUCGACCAUAUCAACCUAAAUGUCAAUGCGAAAAGUGCGGGAAAUUGUUCAGCCGCAAGGACAACUUGA